ACAAGGAAGAGGAUAUAUCAACUCUCGACAUGUCAUAGCUGAAUGUUUCGUGGGAAUUAAUACCAAAUCGAUGUGAAAUGGGUGGAAAGGAGUCCAAGUUAUCGUACAUCCCGUACGAGGAUGUUUUGAAACGAAUACGGGACAACGAGAUGAAGAGGCUCAAGGAUGCUUUCAAAAGAGUGUCAAGUUUUGGAGGGAUGAUGACGGAAAACAUGUUUACCAGAGAGGUUCUGGGGGAUGGUGUACCCAACAAUAUAUCACAGCUUUUGUAUAAAGGAUUUGGAGGCACUUCAAAAGGGCUAUCUUUGAAGGACCUUUUGACCGGGCUACUCAUCAUAACAAAAGGAUCCAAGGAGGACAAAAUCAGAUUGAUAUUUGGAAUGUAUGCCGACGAAUCUUACACAUACGUACAGAAAGAUGAUAUGGACAGACGAAUACUAGAAACAGAAGGACAAGUAUCAACAGCCCUAUCAGAUCUUUUCCUUGAGAGUGACCAGGUUGGAUUUGACCAGUUCCGGUCAUGGCUCUAUCACCAUCCGGAUGCUACCAUAAUCACGAAAUGGCUGCUCAUGGAGCCAAUGACAAUAUCGCUGUCCAACGACACGGACACACCAACCUUCUACCAGACCUUGGCUGGAGUCACCCACUUGGAGGAAAAUGACAUAAGUGAACUAGAUAAACGGUACUGGGUAUUAAAAUCACAAUCCAAGAGUGGAAAGUUUGACCUCGAAACGUUUAGAACCCUGGUAUGUCCGCCUGUGCCAGAGUCUGUAUGCGAAGGUUUGUUUAUGGCGUUUGAUGAGAAUCGUGACAAUCAUAUUGACUUUAAAGAGAUGGCGUGUGGAAUAUCGGCCUGUUGUCGUGGUCCUAGUACAGAGAGACAGAAAUUUUGCUUUAAAGUGUUUGAUGCCAACCAUGACAACAAACUGAACCACGCAGAACUCAAGUGUAUGCUGAAUGCCUUACUGCUCAUUAGGUUUGAGAGCCGCAGUGUUUCCGAGCUGGAGUCUGACAUGUUCCACAAGAUGGAUCCACAUACAGUAGCCAGUGAGAUACUCACCAGUCAUGACACUGACAAGGAUGGCUGUAUAUCUAUGGCAGAAUACCUUGUGUGGACAGUCAACAACACGCUGGCUGAUGACUUCCUUGAUCUCCUUAGUCAGAUUUGCCAUAUAUUAUUAGGACUAAAGCCUCAGAAAAGGGAAGAAGAAGGGAAAAUUGUCAAUGACUGGUUGUCGCGGGAGUCUCGGAAGCCUUUCCGUGUGGGACAGGUGUGGUACCUGAUAGCAAUGCAGUGGUGGAACUCCUGGGUAGAAUAUGUCAGUCCUACAGCUGUGGAGGCAAAUGGCUUGUUAGACCAGAAUGGGAUUGAGAAGGGAUCCUUUCUAGAUUCUCCAGGUCACCAUAGGAUUACUAAAGGAAAGCAUCAAUCAAAAACUCUUCCCUGGGAUGAUGAUUCUGUGAUUGUUGUCAAUGUUACCAAAGGAACAAACUCUGAACUCGGUGGUGCGACCAAUCAAAUUCGUAAUCACACUUUACCUCGGGCAUCAAACUCUAGUUCUGUGUAUAGCAGCCCUCUAAGGCACUGUCUAAACCCAGGCGAAUCGGUUGUGGCCAAUCGUAGUCCUAGUCCCUCACCAAAACUUCGCAAGAAAAAUGUUAAUUCGUGUAAUUCGGUGCCCCCUCGACCAGGAGCUAUCGACAACAGUCAACUCAUAGCUCCAAAUACUACAAAGGUCUCUUCAUUAACAAAUGAAGGGGGUCGUCUCAAAAGGGAUACAAUGUUAGUGAGAGGAAAAGAUUUUGAGUUAGUCCCUGAACCAGUGUGGCGAGCCCUGUCGGUAUGGUAUGGGACCAAUACACCACUUCCAAGAACUGUGAUAGCCUCGGCAAACAAUGAUGGAAUUCCAGAGCUGGAACUGUACCCUGUGACAGUACGACUUCAGCGUCAUCAGAUGCCGAGUCAGCGUCCCGCCCACAUGACGACAUUUACUGGGAUGAUGUCGGGCAUUGGUGCAAUGACAAACUUUGUGGCUAACAACCCCCCAACACCACGGCGGUUUGUGGCGUACUCAGCAACAUUCAGCCAGCAGCACUCCUUACAACAGGUGUAUGAGUUCUUGUGCACCAAACUGAGGCUCAACAGGGAGGAUAUGCGACUCUGGAAGAUUGGACAGAAAGAGGAUAACAUGUCAUUGCUGGACGAUGACAACAUGUUGAUAGAGGAGUGUUACGUAGAGGAAAACCAACUCGUCCUUAUAGAGAUUCGUAACAAAGAUCUCACUUGGCCAGAAGAAAUGUCACAGCUAGCCAAGAACAAAACUUUUCGUAAAGACCAAGCUCCUACCCAGAAAGGUGCGACUGGCCUAAACAACCUUGGCAAUACAUGUUUUAUGAAUGCAGCAGUUCAGUGUGUGUCCAACACCUGGCCUCUCACUCACUACUUCAUUGGUGGUCUACACCUGUUUGAACUCAACAGGACAAACCCUCUGGGUAUGAAAGGACAUAUUGCUCAACGGUAUGGUGAUCUAGUCAAAGACCUCUGGAGUGGGACAGCCAAGUCAAUAGCUCCCCUCAAACUUAGGUGGACAAUAGGAAAAUAUGCACCUCGUUUUAAUGGUUUCCAGCAGCAUGACUCUCAGGAACUAUUAAGCUUUCUAUUGGACGGCCUUCAUGAAGAUCUCAACAGGGUCCAUGACAAACCUUAUGUUGAGCUGAAAGACAGUGAUGGACGACCAGAUAAUACAGUAGCAGAGGAGGCAUGGGAAAAUCACCUGAAGAGGAACCAAUCGAUUAUAGUUGACUUUUUCCAUGGUCAAUUAAAGUCUGAGGUUAGAUGUCAGGAGUGUAGCCAUGUCAGUGUGAGAUUUGAUCCGUUCAACUACCUGUCUCUUCCCCUACCUAUGGAAAGUUGUAUACACCUCGAGGUCAUAGUGAUGCGACUAGAGGGAACUAUUCCAAAGAAGUAUGGUUUGAGACUAAACAUGGACGAGAAGUAUCGAGCCCUGAAGAGAGAGCUCAGCAAACUAACAAACAUUCCAUUUGAUCAGAUUCUGUUUGUGGAAAUAAUGGGACCACUGGUCAAGACACUACCCAAAGAUGACCAGAAGGUGCGGACAUUACUUGGUGGUGUACUAUAUGCCUACGAGCUCCCUCCUCCUGAGGACAUCAAGCCCCUUACCCUAGAGGAGGAAAAGAGUAUCAAAUCAAAGAGCAAUUUGGGGCUUAAUGACAUACAGAGAGGGAUCACAAAAGCAAAAGUCCAGACAAAGUUAUCCAAUGGAAAUGUUUUGUCUAUGAGUCUCUCUACAAGCUCUGACAGUGGAUCUCUAUCUACUGGAAACACACCUUCACAUUCCCGUAACCCCAGCGAUGCAGGAAUGAUGGGAAGUCUAAACGGAACACCAGAAAACAACAACAGUAUGGCUCGGUCUGUAGGAGAGAAUCUGUUUAAAGGUUUCGUGAUCAGUGUCCACAGGAAAAUGAACUUGAUGGAUGUGUACUUCCUGUCAUCUCAGAAGACACGCCCUUGCUUGUUUGGGACACCAAUCAUCCUUCCUUGCUCAGAGAAAACAAACAACCUUGACCUUUAUCAGUUUGUGUGGACUCAGGUGUCUCGCCUGGUCAGUCUACCUCCUUCAGAGGCCAAAUCAGCAAACCAUGCACAAGACUGUGAUGACAGUCUGGGAUACGAGUACCCGUUUACACUGAAGGUUGUACAGAAGGACGGACUGACCUGUGCCUGGUGUCCCUGGUACAGAUUUUGCCGAGGAUGUCGACUUGAAUGCACAUCUGAUCUUUUUAACUUUGGAAGCUCUUUUAUAGCCAUUGAUUGGGAACCUACAGCACUACAUCUACGUUACCAAACCUCGCACGAAAAAUUAUGGGAGGAACACAGUAGUGUAGAGGAAAGUCGUCGGAAACAGACAGAACCCAUUGACCUUGACACGUGUCUCCAGGCAUUUACCAAGGAGGAAGAACUUGGAGAAGACGAGUUGUACUACUGUUCCAAGUGUAAAAAACAUUGCCUGGCAGUGAAAAAACUGGAUAUUUGGCGACUACCCCCAAUACUGAUUAUAAACUUAAAACGAUUCCAGUUCCUUAAUGGUAAAUGGGUGAAGUCCCACAAAAUCGUCAAGUUUCCUAUAGAAGAUUUUGACCCAUCAAAUUACAUUGCACCAACCAGGAAAACUCACAACAAAAGUCAUAAUUCCACCACCAGCACUUCCUCUGAUGAGGGCCUCAACCAGAGCAACCACUGCUGUCAGAACCCCACCACCCACCACAACCAUGUGCCAAACGAGCGGAUGUGGGGCUCUGUCUCCAGUGGAAUAUCAUCUGAUGAAUCAGGCUCUGUGAUGGAUGUCAGUGACUACAGUCAGAUGAAUGGGGACAGUAGAACAGGAGACAGUAGUGAAUCUUCUAGUCUCAGUAAACCCUGCCAGCUGUGUGCUGCCAACCGAGGCAACGACUAUUCCAAUGUCAAGUACAACCUUUAUGCAAUGUCGUGCCACACAGGGAUACUUGGAGGGGGACAUUAUGUUGGAUAUGCAAAGAAUCCCAACAAGAAGUGGUAUUGCUAUAAUGAUAGUAGUUGUAAGGAGAUCCCGCCUAGUAGUUUGGACACCAACUCUGCCUAUAUCCUAUUCUAUGAACAACAAGGAUUAGAUUUUGCAAAAUUUAUGCCAGAUUUAACAGGCAAGGAGCCAGAUCUACAAGAAAUUGAGGAUGAGUUUGAAUCAGACUUUAAAAAGAUGUGUGUUAUCCAAUGACACAAGUCAACACUGUACUGGAACAGGUAGAUUGUAGCUGGGGACAGUCCACUGUCAUUAAGACCACCAGGAAGCUGGGAAGCCUGGUAAUCUCACAAUCAGGCACUGAAAACGAAGGCAUAGAUAUGAUUGGUUAUGUGUGAUGGAACAGCAGUGAUUAUUGGUUAGACAUGUGAUCUUUCCUCUCCAUGUACAGUAGAAUUGUAAAACUCUAAUCAGUGUUAAUGACAGUUAUUUUUAUCCUUUGAUUUAUAUGCAGAGCAACAGUCCUCAAAUUUUUCUCAAGACUUUAAUCUUAAUGCUAAGAUUCCAAAGUUACAUACAUCCCUUUGAUGACGAGCAAGACAGAUGUGAUAUUUUUGAUCCUUAGAGGAUGACAGAACUGAAUUGUAAGCCAUAGAGGGCCUCUGCAGCAAGCUUAAAUCAUGGGUUGUGGAGCACAGCUACAGCAAGCUGAAUCAUAGGCCCUGGAGCACAGCUACAGCAAGCUGAAUCCUAGGCCCUGGAGCAUAGCUACAGCAAGCUGACUCAUAGGCCCUGGAGCACUGGAGCACAGCUACAACAAGCUGAAUCAUAGGCCCUGGAGCACAGCUACAGCAAGCUGAAUCCUAGGCCCUGGAGCAUAGCUACAGCAAGCUGACUCAUAGGCCCUGGAGCACAGCUACAGCAAGCUGGAUCAUAGGCCCUGGAGCACAGCUACAGCAAGCUGAAUCUUUGGCCCUGGAGCACAGCUACAGCAAGCUGACUCAUAGGUCGUGGAGCACAGCUACAGCAAGCUGACUCAAAGGCCCUGGAGCACAGCUACAGCAAGCUGAACCAGAGGCCAGUGAAUAGCUCAGAUGGAGAGAAAGUAUCGGACAAGUACAGUAAUUUGCCAACAUGGACAGUGAGCUGGCAGGAUGGAUAGUGUAAUUUUUAAUCAGAUAGACAUAAAGGGAUCAAUUAGACUAAGAGUGGGUUACAAAAGUCAGAUAUGUACCAUAAUACUUUGUUGUUGAUAACGUGUCAUACUUAUCCACAUUAUUUCAGAACCAGUCACAAUUACAUGUGUGUAACGUCAUGUAUUUGUGAUUAUCACUGUAGCAACAUUUGUCAAAAAUUCUGUGAUAAUCUCUAUAGCAGUAAUUGUCAACAAUUAUAUGUAUCAUUAUCACCAUAAGAACAAUAGUCAAAAACUCUGUGAUUAUCACUAUAGCAGUCACUGUCAACAAGUAUAUGGCCCUAUGAUUAUCACCAUGGCGACCAUGGUCAACUAUUAUGUACUUUUAUCACCAGGGCAACCAAUCAGAUUUCUACUAGAAUUGAUAAAUCCUGGAGUUAACCUCAUCCAAAGUCAACAAUUGUAUAAUGAUCACAUUGUAUAAUGAUCACAUUGUAUAAUGAUCACGUUGUAUUAAGAUGUGUACAAUGUCUGGUGAUAUGUGAUGUCAGUAAACACGGGAUUAGAUAAUAAGUCUUAACAUGGCCAUGUCAUUUUAUGUGAUGUCAUACUGAGGACAGUGUACUUAAUAUAUAGAUAUAUGGUUCGGUAUAAUUGAUAUGGUUACCUGGAGAUAAAUUCUACAGUUUAAUAUUGAUGAAUGAUAAGGUUUAAUUUUGAUCAUUGACAGUUUGAUAUUGAUCAUUGAUAUUCUAUUAUAAAGCUAGCCUUGAAUGUAGUCAGUAGUAACAGCCGAUGUUGAAUUAUAGAUUCUAAAUGAUAGAACAGAGUCAGCUGAGGUACAGUGCACACCAAGUAAGAUUUGGUUUUACUAAAUCUCAAAAAUGGUUAACAUCACUGUCAUGCCACUUUGUCAGAUAUCUGAAGGCUCCAUGCUUCAUAUUUUGUGUUGCUCAUUUCACUAUCAGAUAUUGAUUUCUCUACUACAUGUCAAAUGUUUCUCAUUUUUAUCCCAUGUUCCAUCUCCUUCCAGAGAUUGUAGUUAAAUAAAAACAUUUUUCAUUUAUUGGCAAAUUCUUCUGGUGCAAUUACUCAUACUUUUCUUUUCUAUUUUUCUACCUUUUAUAACAGAGCUUUUUGUCUUUAACCUUGCCUAAAGCGUUGGUGCAUUUUUGGAAGUUCACUUACAUACAAUUGAACAACACUGAUCAUCUCAUCACCAAACUGUAACAAAGCAUAUGAUUAGACAACAUUGGUCAUCUCAUUAAUUACAAGACUGUAACAAAGGAUAUGAUUGGACAAUACUGGUCACCUCAUCACAAGGCUGUAACAAAGCAUAUGAUUGGACAAUACUGGUCACCUUAUCACAAGGCUGUAACAAAGCAUAUGAUAGGACAAUACUGGUCACCUUAGUUAAUAUCACAAGGCUGUAACAAAGCAUAUGAUUGGACAAUACUGGUCACCUUAUCACAAGGCUGUAACAAAGCAUAUGAUUGGUGAAGACCAAACAAGAAGACAUCCAUUACACUUGUGAAUACAUUAGUCCUGAUAAACUUGAAUCUUAGUAUUUUCAUCUGUGAAUACAUUGGUCCUUCUUGUUAUGGCUUUAAGCUUACUAUUCCUAAUAUGUGUAUGAAUAGUCCUCUUUUGUUUAGCCUGGCACUUCCUGUUCCUAAAAAUGUGUUGUAUAACAAUAUUGUGUGACCCAUUCUGUUUCAUGCCUGAUUGUAGCAUGUUGCAAUAUUAAUCAAUAAUUUAAUUAGAUGAUUUGAAAUACCGGUAAUAGAUAGAUUGGUGUACUAACGAUCACAGAAAAUCAACUGUGUGUUGUGAUUAUAGUAAAGAUGUAUACUAUUUAUGAUGAUGUGUAUCUUCUUUCUAAAAAUAGUUUAUGUAACUAUCCUUUCCAUAAUAAGUGAAAUUAAUCCCUUUAUUGAGUUCACAAAUUAAUUGACUUUUGUGACCUUGUGUGUGUUACACCUGGUAACCUUUAAUUCUCUAUACAGGUAAUGUUAUUAAGUUAUUAUUUUUUAACACAAAUCAUUGGUAUAAUUUGUGAGGUAGCAUAUUCCCAUGAUUUGUAAUUGCAUUAGAUUUUAGAAGUGUGGGUGUGAUUAUUGAAUUUAUACUGAUGUUCUUAUCAAUAGUAUCAACUGUGUAGAAUAUUGUUAUUAAGUUUGUUAGUUCUAUUUAAGUUUGUGUAAAUAUGUACAUAAUUAUAUAAUCUUGAGUUUUUAUAUAUAAGAUAUAUAUAUAUAUACACGAUGAGUCCUGUACCGAUCAGAAGCACUGUU